UCAGAUAGUGACCUGGACAAACACUUACCGAAGUACCGAAGUAAACAGGUGUUGUUGUUGUUUUUUUUAUCUCAGAAGUUUAGUCAAAUUGAAAUUAAUGAUGCUGAGUAGUUUAAAUACGUUCGACAAGUCAUCGUUGAAAAAGACUGUAACAAAAGUAACAACCAUAACUGGCGAUCAGUUCGUAGAAUACAAGAAUGAACAAGGGUUGACGGAAAGAAAGAAUGUUGAAAAGAAUGGAAAAGUUCCUGGUUUUGUUGUUGAUCCAUUUGCAGAUCUGCAGAUCGGGGAAAUUUUACCAGAUCUCAUUUUAGGUUCACAAGAUGUAGCAGUAGAGUUAAAUUUGCUUCAAAAGUACAAUGUGACACAUAUUUUGAAUCUAGCCACUUUUGUCAAAAAUACGUUUCCAGAACAUUUUACAUAUAAGAAUAUAGACUUAUUAGAUAUUCCUGAGACAAAUAUAGCCCAACAUUUUGAAUCAGCUUUUCAAUUCAUCGACUCUGGGAAAAACAGCGGAGGGUGUGUCUUGGUGCACUGUAAUGCAGGAAUUUCUAGAUCAGCAACAAUUGUCAUAGCCUACCUCAUGAAGACACAGUGCUGGAGUUUGGACAGAGCCUAUCAAUAUGUGAAAGACAAAAGAUCAAAGAUCAGACCUAAUGCCGGGUUUCAAGCCCAGCUGAAGACUUUUGAACAACAACUUGGAGAUCAAGGACUAAUUAACAAUUAAUAAUGAAUUACCCCCGAAACAAAGUUCUGUGUUGACACUGUAGCAAUAUUCUGUGAGGUUUGAUUUAUAUUUUGUGUAGUAAAUUUGCAUUGUUAAUUUAUGGGAUUUAUGCAAUAUGAAUACUAUGGAUCUUUUUUAUGUAUUAAAAUCUUGUUCACUUUGGA